UCCAGGCCCCUGAAUCAGGGAUCCUCUCGCCCCAGAAGUGGGCAAGGCUCUGAGCGGACACGCUCCGCUUCCUGGCUGUAGCCGAGGAACUGGCGCGGCGAGUUCGCGAGCAGGAAGAGCAGCAAAGCGGCCCCCCGCCCUGACCAAACGGAGCAACUUUCCUCGCUCUCUGGGCUUCUUUUUUAGCAGCUGAAACGGCAGGCAGAAAUUCAACCGGCGAAGCUUUCCCAGGCGUGGAAGUGGAGCGAGGUGGGAGCGUUGCUUCCCGAACUUCGGCCUAACAGGCCGCUGAGGAAGGCGCAGGGGCCCCGCAAAAGCAUCCCCUUCCCUCCUGUGAUGCAAACCAGGCGGCGCUGCUGCUUCUAAAGCGAAUAGUCGUGGUGGUGGUGAUUAGCCGUCGGCGCUAGGACCUCGCGGGAUCCUCCGCGGGCUGCUCGGCUGCAGUGACUCGCUCGGGUGUGGUAGAUCCCGCAGUGGCCCCGCCGGAGAUCCGCCCGCCGCACAAGCAAGCCCGCCGCAGCCUCGGCAACAAGAGAAACAACUUCUGAAAAUGUUCCUUGUCAAAAACUUCCUUGGUGGAGGUGGAGGAGGAGGAGGCGGCAGCAGCGGCGGCGGGAACAUCAGCAUUGGUGGAGCCAACAUCAACAUUGGCAAUGUCAUUGGAGGGCUUUUAAGUGGGGGAGGGGGUCGAGGUGGCGGCGGCGGUGGUGGUGGUGGAGGAGGAGGAGGAGGAGCCAUGGGAAUCCUGGGAGGAGUCAUCAGUGCCAUCAGCGAAGCAGCUGCCCAGUAUAACCCAGAACCUCCGCCCCCUCGCAGCCACUUCUCCAACAUCGAAGCCAAUGAGAGCGAUGAAGUGCGGCAGUUCCGGAGGCUCUUCACACAGCUGGCAGGAGAUGAUAUGGAAGUAAGUGCUACAGAGCUCAUGAACAUCCUCAACAAAGUGGUUACCAGGCAUCCGGACUUGAAGACGGAUGGUUUUGGGAUUGACACUUGCCGCAGCAUGGUGGCAGUCAUGGACAGUGACACAACUGGGAAACUGGGGUUUGAGGAAUUCAAGUACCUCUGGAACAACGUCAAGAAGUGGCAGUGCAUCUACAAACAAUUUGACGCAGACCAGUCUGGGACUAUUGGCAGCGGUGAACUCCCAGGAGCCUUUGAAGCUGCAGGCUUUCGGCUCAACGAGCAGCUGUACAGCAUGAUCGUGCGCAGAUACUCGGAUGAGAACGGGAACAUGGACUUUGACAACUUCAUCAGCUGUUUGGUGCGCCUGGAUGCCAUGUUCCGUGCCUUCAAAUCUCUGGACAGAGACGACAGCGGACAGAUCCGUGUGACCUUGAAAGAGUGGUUGCAGCUUACCAUGUAUUCCUAAGGCUUGCCUGCCAUUGAGACCACACCCUCCCUCUGACAUCACCGAGUCGGUUCUGGAGUGUUUUUUUAAAAGACCUGGGCUACUCCUGAUUUGCAGGCCACCCUUCAAUGUGGGACAGUUUAAAGAAUCCCGUUCUUUUCUCUCUCUUUUUUUGUGCUUUUUAGACUUCCUUUUCUGCUCCCUUUUCUAAAGCAAAAAAGGGCCCUUUUUCAAAUUUUGUUUUUGGGGGGUUUUUUGUUCUGCAUUUUUAGAAAAUUAACUGCUUAUAUAUUUAUGUUACCCGUUCUAAUUAGUUGAUUAACAGCUGAUGGGUGUCUUCUUAAAGAGGCUUCCAGUUUGCAGUGGGUUUCCUUUCUUUUUCUAAGCUGGCUCGGUUUAUGACAAUCCCCAUGCAGACCCUAAAAUUCACUAUAGUUUGACUAUGGUACAAUCGUCUUAUGUUUUGGAAUUUGGUGGGAGGUGGAGAGGCUGCAUAUCCAUUUCUUAUACCCAGCAAUGCCCCAGCGCUCCAGUCACUUUUGGGAAUUGGGUAGAGUGAUGGAAAGGUUGCAUGCUGUCUGUGCUGCAACUGGUGUUCUGCACCCCUCAUCCUUAACAAUCCCACAAUCCCCUGGAGAGGUGGGUGUUGGCCACCAUUUUAACUUCCAUCUACAAUGAGCAGAUAGGCCAGGGCUGUGGAGAUGGAAGUUGGACUAGAUUCAUGUGAUGGCAACAGCACCCCCCCCCCAAAUGAAGUAAAUCACCUCAUUUUAUAAACUGGGGAACUUAGAACUUUGCAUGGAUGUAACUUAAAAAGCAAUAGGUCAGUAAUGGGGGAAGUCCACCUUAAACUAUUUAAAUAAUGCUAGUUAUAGAGGCUUGCACUUUUUUUUAAAGCAGCUGCUAUGGUUCGCCCAAGGGUGAUUGUUAAAUGUUUGCUGUCUGUAACAAUCUAGUAAACCUAGCCCCGUGACACUUUUUAAAAAGGUGCCCUUAUUGCAAGUUGUACGGAGGCUUUUGUGUCGGGCAGACUUCCCCACCCCAAGCGCCAUACUUGCACUGCACGCAAUUUCUGUGCAUGCAUUUUGAAGAAAUAAAAGUCUAGCAAGACAGCUGGUUCUAUAUAUAUUGUGCCUUGAAGGAUAAACCUCUUGACAAGUAUUUUUAGAAUAACUUCCUUGAAAAUGUGGCUCUAUUGCCCUCUAUGGGCAGCAGUUGAUAUUAUUGUUGAGUUUCCCUCUCUGAAAUCCAGAAUACGGUGGGUCCAAUAAGUCAUGGUUGGUGCCUUCCAAUUUUAAUGGUUUGUAAAUGGAAAAAGGGAGCAGAAGAAUACAUGGGGUAGGAAGAGAAUUAUUUUUUCAGCACCUGCCUCCUGUGAUGAAUUUCCAAAAUGUGGAUUGUUGAAAUCAAGCAGGUUUGAGUCCACCUUUUUCAAAUAUACCAGCCUUGUGAUGGAUCAUUGUAAUAAAAAUAUUUUUACUCCUGCC